GUGAUACAUUUUCUGCAUCUCGAUUCGCCCAGCAGACGAGGCAAUGUCGCUGCCUCGCCGAAAUAUAAGCAAACGGAGAUACACGCUGACUUUGCUAAUUUUCUCGUAAAUGUAAAAUAAUCGAUGUAAACGUACAUAUUCCUUCUGGUAAAAGAAACGAGCAGUAAUUCGUAUAUUUUGCACGACGGACACGAAAACGAACCGGGAACGACGCUCACUGGCCGCCAGCUUCUGCCUCCUGGACUCCAGCAGAACCUGUGGAUAUCGUGAGUUAUCAGCAACGUCAUCUGGAGACUUAGGCUGCAAAUCACUGGACUCCGCGCUUCCUCGUUGCAGUCAUUCUGUUAUUGUUGAUACUGGAUGCAGCUGAAGAAGCAGAAAAAGAGGAGAGAAGCCCUCCUCUUGUCCCAGUGGACUCACGGAACUCUGCGGUGAUGAACGAGUAAAUUGUCUUGAAAAGCCGGCACGCACGAAGACCAGUCCAAGUGAGACUACAGUGGGAGUUGUGGUUGUCUUGGCGCCAUCGUUUUUGCAGGUGGCGUAGUCGAUCAGUCGGGAAACACGCCACUGUAGGAUGACCAGCCUGUUCCGGCGGAGCAGCAAUGGCGGCUCUCGCGGGGGAGGGGGAGGAGGAGGUGGAGGCGGAGGCGCAGGGGCAGGGGGCGGAGGUUCAGCUGCAGGGGAGCUCAACAACAGCAGGCCCAAUCGGCAGGUGCGGCGGCUGGAGUUUAACCAGGCCAUGGAGGACUUUAAGACCAUGUUUCCCAGCAUGGACUACGAGGUGAUCGAGUGCGUGCUGCGCUCCAACAACGGGGCCGUGGACGCCACAAUAGACCAGCUCCUGCAGAUGAGCAUCGAGGGCAACGGAUCAGAUGACAGCUCUGACUCGGACGAGAGCAUCCCUCCAGAGAUUCUGGAGAGAACCCUUGAGCCCGACAGCUCAGAUGAGGAGCCGCCUCCAGUUUACUCUCCGCCCACCUAUGACAUGCACAUAUAUGACAGGAAAUAUCCCAACGCUCCACCCACUCCUCCCCCACGGUUCGAAGCCCAGCCCCCUGCAGGACACCAGCAGACCCGGAGUUACAGGAACUGGAAUCCACCGUUGCUUGGCAAUUUGCCUGAUGACUUCCUGCGAAUCUUGCCCCAGCAGUUAGACAGUAUACAGGGCUCACAGGCCGGAGUCUCUGCUGCCUCUUCUUCCUCGGCUCCCUCUUCUGUGCCUCCCGCAUGUCAGCGAGCUGCUUGUGCCCCAGGAGAGGCUUCCGCCGGCACCUCCGAGCAGGAGCGCAAACUCAGGCAGUACCUGGAGGACGAGCGCAUUGCCCUCUUCCUGCAGAAUGAGGAGUUCAUGAAGGAGCUACAGCGCAACCGCGAGUUCCUUAUCGCACUUGAACGAGAUCGCCUGAAAUACGAGUCCAAGAAAUCCAGGUCAAGCCAUUCAUCAGCUGGCAACUCCACAGGUGACCACUGCACUCCUGGAACUACGGAGGUGUGCACUGCAGUGUCGGAUGACGCGCUGUUCAGAGACAAACUUAAGCACAUGGGAAAAUCAACCAGAAAGAAGUUGUUUGAAAUCGCCAGAGGGUUUUCAGAAAAGACAAAACGAAGGAAGUCCAAAAGAAAAACACUUCUGAAGCAUCAUUCACUAGGCACUGCCAACUCCACUGCCAAUCUACUGGAUGAUGUGGAGGGAAACCCAUGUGAAGAGGAGAGUCAGCUCAGAAGACUGGCCACUCAAGAGGAGGAGCGACCCCACAAGGAAACACUUUCAUGAUCACUUGUGUCAUCUGGCAUAUGUAAGGUUCCUGUGAUGACAGCAGAAUGAUCCAGAAUGAUCCCGGUAGAGCUGGGGCCCUGUGCUUUCAUCGCUUGUUACCGAGUGAGUCUGUCCCAGGCUCCAGAUCAACAGUCCCCAUCCACAAAGGAAGGAACUUGUCCCUUGUAACAAGCCUGCCAUUAUUGUUAUCUGAACUCAAUUAAACUGUACUAUAACUAUUUGUUAAUAUAUGGUUUCAUAUGUAGAAAUGAAGAUACAGUAUGCAUUUCCUGAUCUUUUUUCCUUCUGAGAAUGCUUGUAUAAUGAGAAAUUCUCAAUUUGUACUAGUUUUUGUUUGAUGACUAAUAUUUACUUUAGAUAUAUUUUUUCCCUAAUUAUUUAUGGUUUGAGCAAUGUUUGCCUUUUUACCAUUUGAAAAAAAAGUACAUAGAUGAAUUUUAGAUGUCUGUUUAAAAUACUCAUUUUUGACUUGCUAACCUUCAGAAUAUUAAUAUGACUUUUUUCUACCCUGCCCCAAAGACUCAACCCUUUAAGUACAUGAAAUACAUUUUCACAAUGGCCACACCUGCUUAUUUAAUCAAUUCUUACUAAUUACAGUAUCACCAGAAUGCCUUUCUGAAUGCAUUUUCUGUAGUGCAGAAUACAUGUUCUGUCUGGCUAGAAUUAAGGGCACAAAAUACUUUAUCAUGUCUCUAUGUAAAUACAAGCAGAACUAAUAUCCGAUUCAGCCCAUUCAAACACGCUCUAUUCCAAGGAGGACAGGCACCUGCUUGUCCUGCCAUUCUAAGCUUUCUCUUGAGUAACCAGAUGAUGCAUUGUCUGUAGUUGAGUUUAAAUAAUCCUUAAUACCAAAAUUACUUUUCCAAGGUUUUUACACAAACACGGGCAAGCACACUGAUGUGUGAGAGAACGUCCACCUCUACAUGCACUGCCAUGUCUCUUUUAGAGUGUGUUAAUGCUGCAUUUCUUUUCUAGUUUUUUGAGAGAAAGCCAGCUGAAAUGGUCAAGCCAGUAUUGAUUUAAAACAAAAUAACAAAUGCAAUUUUUAUGACAGUUUAAAAAAAAUCUGGUUUAUUACCAGAAUAAUAUGUCAGUAAAUUUGGUGCAGAGCGAUUUGAAUGGUGCUUUUAUUGUUGGUUUAUUGUAUUGUUGCUAUUAGGCUGGAGCAAACAUGAUUUUAAUUAUUUUUCAAGCAGUGUGAAUUUUAUGUACAGGAAGAAGUCUGUGCAAGAAUGUGACCUUCAGGACUGUUCAGUUUAGUACUGGCCCAGUGUGAUACUAGCGUACUGGCAGCUCAGCAUACUUUUAUUGUCAUUACCUGGUCCUGUCUAGUCAUUGGAUCUUUGUGAACAUUACUUGUGCCAAAGCACAGGGAAUACAUUGAUUUUUGUUUUUUGUGCCAUUAAUGCAAUAUUUAAUUCAGCGAAUUAGUAAUUUUUAACUUUUCUUUUAAGGAUCUCUGCAUAAUGUUUGAUCUGUUAGAUCUGUGAAUGAAUGUUUGAGACAGUGAUGGUCAAAUAAUGCACCUUUUAUCCUACCAUUAUAUUAGUUCUAGAUGACGGAUUUCUCCUCCAGUCAUAGGAGGCACUGUACAGUGCAGUGCGUUGUGUGGCCCAUCACUGCUGAUUCUGUUAAUGAGCUUAAUAAUAGCUGAUGAGUUGAAUUAGGUGUGUUAGAAAGUGCUGCAUUUCAGUAUUCUGCUACAGUCAGCUGUUGGGGUGAAUCACUGGUAUACUUUGUGCAGAAAUCUGUAACAUAAGACAAUUACGCAUAGCUGCUAUGUGACUUUCACAACUUGUUUGAAAACAUUAAAUAUGAGGUAAGAAAACAUACUUUAUAGGCAGAAUAAAUCCAUGUUGUAUGCAUAAGGGCAGUAGUAUGUCCUAUGUUUCUUGCAUGUCCUUAUUUGAGCUUGAUAUGUGUUUUAUUGUUUAAAGUUGUAAAUUCAUAAAACAUUCACUAGUAGCUAUAACAUGCAUUAGUUUUUCUCACACCUGGCCUGUUCACACUAGCACAUUUAACCUCUCAGGGAAUUUGCGCUCAUUUAGUCAUUCGGUACAAGCACAACUUUAAUGGACUGAAAACUGGGAACAGAAGAGACUGUAUAGGAAAGAGUCAUGUAGCACACUUGAAUAUGUUUCUUGUCAUGCAAUAAAAACUAUAAAUCUAACCAAAAAAAGUGAGGAGUGAAGGUAGGUUCCAUUGUAUACGGUGGAGAAAGUUUACUAUGUGCAGCAUUUGCGUGGUGUAAUGAUCUGUGGAAUGUAGUUCUUGUGCUUUUAAGUAAAAAAAAAAAAAUCACCUUUGAUCAGUUGGUUUGAAUAUUUUCUUAAAGUUAAAUCAUGUUAGGAAUUUGCCUCAUGAAAUACAUUUAUAACAAAUGGAUUUUUAUUUUGUUUUAAGAAACAGUUUUUUUCUCUCUCUCUCUCUUUGGACUAAGAGUGUGUCGGCCCCACCAGUAAAGUUAACGGUUCUGUAACCAGUCGUAAUCUCAACCCAGUGUCCAGAUCUGAACUUUUCUUACAAUCCAGAGAUGUUUAUUAGUUAUUGAAAUAAGUAAUAAAAUUGUUAUACAUUG